AUGAAUUCCGUGAUCGACGGCCCAUGCUAUACCUGCCGUAAUCGGCGCAUCCAGUGCGAUCAGUCCGGUGUGCCAUGCGGCAAAUGUCGUAGCGCAGGUUUAGCUUGCCUUGACAAACGUCCUCUUAAAUGGGUGAAAGGAGUAGCGAUUCGUGGCAAGCUUCAAGGGCACGUUUACGGGACUUUGGAUGAUCCCUCGCCAGGAAAGCAAAAUGGGAGGCAAGGCUCGGCCCAUCAGAGGCGAGCCUUGAGGCAGGUGCAAUCCUCGGGAACAAUUCUCGGGGAUCAUUCGGGGCCAUAUUCUCUACGCCAGGCCCCUGUGAGGACACUGGCAAUUCCCGACCCCGCUCUUUCCGGUCUGGAUGAUGUCUCCAAAUAUUAUCUUGAUUACUAUAAAGAACGAAUUUGCCAACUUUUCAUUGUCCGCGACACCACUCGAAAUCCAUUCCGACAGCUUAUUGCUCUAAGUCUGAUCAGCCCGGUGUUGAGCAAAGCUCUUCUUGCCCUUGCGGCGCGCCACCGUGCCAAUCAAUGCCAGACAUUCCACGAGCUGACAUCUCCGAUACCACCGGAACAGGUCACCGCAGAUCGUCGUGCGCUUGUCUUGAAACAUCAGGCUAUCGCGGCACUUUCUCGCGCGGUAGCAGAUCCUAUAUCGAGCAGGCAAGACUCGACCUUGGCUAGUGUGUUUCUUCUUGUUUUUUUGGACCUGGUAGAAUCAGGAAGUGAUGGAUGGAAUUUCCAUUUGGAAGGUGCAAAGAAUCUCGUGGCCUCAUUACAGCCUCAAUCUGAGCCGCAAGCCGGCAUCAAUCAGGGCCGGGGACAAACUUUGCAUGGAAUUUUGACUUUUAUUGCGAAGCAGAUCAAAGUAAUUGGGACUCUCGGUGCGACCUUCGUGCGGCCCCGAACUCUUUCGGGCUUCGUCAUCCCAGAGCACGAGGAGGCCCUCCUCUCAGAGACCACUGAUACUUCUUUUCUUGGGUGCCCUGACCAUAUUCUCCACGUGAUGCAUUCACUUUCCAUACAAAGGGAUAUUUUGUUUUCGCCUACUAUUGAUCCAUUGAUGGUGGAAACCCACGCCAGAAGAACACAUGAACUCGUACGGACUUGCGAAGAAUUUGACUGCUACGCCUGGGUGGCGCAACUGCAAAAGGUGUCUUCUUCUGCCAGGGAACGUGGCAGCCUAACUUUGCUGGCGCGCUCGUUCAAAGUUGGCACCAUUAUAUACGGCAAGCGAAUUUUGGACGCCAUGACGGCAUAUACAACGCAGCUUGUUGCUUUGGUAAGCGAGCUGCUUGACGUGCUGAAAGAUUUACAGAAUGAUUGGGCCAUGUUCAAGUGCGUUCUCUGGCCAAUCUUUGUUGCUGGUUUGGAGUCCUCGACACAAACAGAACGUCACAUCGUACAAACUUUGCUUGAGAAGUUUUGGAACGCCACCAGUUGUCUAAACGCGGUCAAUGCCGCUAAAACUCUGCAGGCCUACUGGUUUCAGGCGGAUGCCUCUGGGGUUGGACAAUCGCGUUGGAUCUUUGACAUUGGCCAGCUGGGUCGAGAUUGGUUAUGGAUAUAG